AUGGAUCCCAAGGCGGCGGCGAGGUCGAAGCGCUCGCACACGGUGCACGGCCGCCGGACCCACCAGACCCCCGCGGCGGCCGCGGCGCACAAGCAGAAGCGCGCCGCCGCCGCCGGCGGCGGAGGCGGCGGCGGCGGCGGCUCCUCCUCCGCCGCCCCUCGCAGCCGCAACCUCCCCUCCAACUGGGACCGCUACGAGGACGAACCCGAGGCCGACGACGCCGCGGAAUGGGCCGGCGAGGUGGCGCCGCGGAGCAAGGGCGCCGACUUCGCCUUCCUGCUCGAGCAGGCCCGGGCCCAGCCCCUCGAGGAGCGGGGCCUCGGCGCGGCCGGCCGCCUCGCCUCCCAGGACUCGGCAUUUGAUUUUAUGCAGGCUUCUACAUCUAUGCUUGAGGCUAAAGCGGAAGGGAUCAUGUCCUGGUUUGAAGACGAUAAUUUCGUAUUAGAGGAUGAUUUAGCACCUGAUUUUGAGGUGCCUUUUCUCUCCAUGGAUCUCCAUGCAUUGGCCACCAAACUCUCAAAGAUUAAGCUCUCCCAGAGACUUUUUAUGGAAGAAAAUCUACUACCCGAGGAUAUGGCUGUUGCUUCUGAAGACGAAGAUGAUGAAAUACUGAUUCAAUUGGGCACAACAUUGGAGUCUGAUGCUAAAGGCAGUUUGGUUCAACAUAACUUCAGGGACAUAAAGCCUGGGAAAGAUGCUGUUAGUCCUGACCAUGCUAGCAACAUUCAUUCUGAUGACCCAAUGAAAACACAUCAUCAGUCGGAAUGUUUUGCAGAAGAAGAAGCUACAACAUCAUUCAAAGUUAUUCCUCGACCUGUGCAUUCAGACACUGAAGCCUACACAGGAAUCACAGGCACUGUUCCAAAUGCAGGCCACGGAGAACAGUCGAAGCUUGGGAUGGUGGCUCCAGAGGAAGAGCUCGAUAUGCUUCUUAAUUCACUCGAUGGAACUCACCUUUCCAGCUCCAGCUUAGACGAGUCGUUUGGAAAUAGUUCUACUUUGGAAGGUAUGAAGAUCAAGGAGUCAAAUGAGAAGGUCACGUCUAGCAGCACCACGUCCAAAUCGCUGGCACUUUCUCCUGUUGACGAUGAUCUAGAUGCCUUGCUUUCAGAGACAUCCUUAUCUGUCCAGAAUGAUGGUUCUGCUGCAUCAAGUUUAUCUUCUCGCCCAACUUUUGACUCCAAAAGCAACAUUGACGACUUCAGAUAUGCCAAGCAGAUUGAUGUAACAUCUAUCGAUGAUUCGGUGGAUGAUUUGCUUGCCGACACCCCUUUCUGCCUGAGUGAUCAGAAACAAGCUACGCCUGCACAGGGGGAACAGAACAUCUCGAAUGCCAACGCGCCUCCACCUUCUGGUUCCUCGAAUGUAUCAGCUGACUUUGAUUCGUGGUUUGACUCACUGUAG